CUUUGAGAGAGUCCUUGAGGCCACUUGGAGGUUUAUCUGUGUCCUCUGGGUCCCUCUGAGUAGUGCUGACGGUUCCUGUAGUCUGCAAUUUUUCUGGAAAUCCGUUCAUACUCCCACACCGUUCGAAGCGUGUUCAUCCCAAAUUGCGCAGCUAAAACGAGCAGCCAGUCAGAACUGAAGCUUCUUGGAGGAGAUGCAAAACGCCUUCAAAAAAAAACAAAAAACAAGAAAAGCCCACUUGCCUCCUGGGGAAAAAAAGCACCUUUGGGACAACCAUGACCUGGAUGAUUGAAAAUCUCCAUAGACCCGUUACUAUUUCAGAGGGUGCUCUUGAAUCUUUGAUAUCCAAAAUUUUCCUCAUCUGGUACAUAAAACCCCUCUUGAUUUUAGAAUCCAAAGGUUGGUUUUGUUUUUCAGUGUGACCAACUGCCUACCUCAUCCCAGGAGACCCAACUAGUAGCUUCACUCUACGACCGGAUGACGGAACAGACCUAUCCCGAACCCAUCAAGAGUUUUGCGGUAGCAACUCGCCCCGAAGCAGUGUUCCAUGUUGAUAUUCUUGGUGAAGGAAGACCGUCUCUCGUGAAGGCCAACAACCAGCUUGGUAGGAGUUGCCCCAUUCAGCGGUGCCACCACUGGGACAGGCGGGAGAAUCCGGGACGUGCAAUGCACAGGUCGUGGGGCUCACGUAAUCGCUGGAACUGCCGGAUACAGCUUUGGCAAUUUGCCCAUUCCAGGUUAG